AUGGCGGGUAUGGCGAUAGUUGGUGAGAUGACUGGAAUGGAAACCAAGCUGGAAAGUGAUAGGAAAACCAAUGAUCUCCAGCAAUAUCGAUACCUGAAGUCUUGCGCCAUAAGUCCUGAAAGUUCGUACAACCUUAUUGAAAUAGAGGAAAGCCUCCGAGAAGUCGUUCAAGAAGAGAUAUCUAUCAAAGAAGGAAAUGCUACGCCGGGCAUUAAUACCGAAGAAAGACUCCGUAUCUUGAAUACGGAAUACUGGCUCCUAUCUUAG